AUGUCUAAGGAUUCUCCAUCAGUCGAUGAGGUUCAAAAAAAAUGGAAAACAGCUGAUAUUAUUAAAUUUAUUCGAGAAAAAAAAGAAGAGUUGGACCUUGAACUUAAUGACAAGUACAUCGAACAAAUCGAAAAAAAUGAGGUCUCCGGUCGCGCUUUCCUGAAGCUAACUACAGAAAAGCUUCUAGCUCACCCUUACAAUCUUCCUGGUGGGCCGGCUGAAAUCAUAGCGGAUUUAGUCGAUGAAAUUAAAGGAGAAGGACAGGAACUUAAGAAAAAAAGAAAGGCAGAGGAAGAACCACCGAAGAAAAGAAAAUGGAUGGUAAAUAGUGCUAUUACGAGAGAAGAGCGUCCUAUCGUCUACUUUGUGGAUCCGACAGAACAGAAUAUCCCGCUUCUUGAAUCGAUAUAUCGGGGUGAAUUCGUAGCGCUACAUGGGCCACGAGCCUCUGGCAAGUCUACACGGAUGCUCCAACUUCAGGACCAAUUGAAUAGCAAAGGCUUUGCUUGCAUUUAUGUGUCUCUUGAACAAGUUAACAUCCAAAAUGUAGACAAAUUCUGGCAUACAUUUGGCACUCAUCUUCAUAUUAACGUUCCCAAACAAAUUGGGCUCGACAGCAUUAAUUCUGCUAAUGAUUUCGAUCUAGCGUUUAAAAAAGAUAGGUGGGAAAAUUCUGUUGUUCUCCUUAUCGACGAGUUUGAUAGGUUAUACUUUGCGACAGACGAUGUUCGCUCUUCGUGUCUAAGUACCCUUCGUGGCAUUAAAAUAACAAAAGAUAGCUAUGCUAUUAAGUCUGUCUUUGCCAUCGGACCUUUUAGUAUCCUGUAUUUAAAGAAUGAUUUUACGGUAUCGCCUUUUAACGUUAAUGAACCGUUUCGGAACCCAAACUUCACUAUGGAACAAGUGGAAUUCCUAUACAAAGAAUUCGUGGACGAAUACAAGUUAACUAUUGACCAGGAGGUAAUCGAAGACAUAUAUACACAAACAAACGGACAUGCUGGCCUUGUCUGCCUUUGCGGACGUGCGAUCUUUAGAAAACUAUAUUCAAAACUAGAAAAAGUAAAUGGAAAAUUACAUAUUGGCAUUGACAUGUGGGAACGUUUUAGCAUGAUGUCGCUGGGGGAUGAGAUAAUCGAAUACCAGACGUUUAUAAGAAUGAAGGAUGCCCUUCUAAUAGAUGAUCCUGAUACUAAGCGUGCUGUGACUGAAGGAGUUCUGAUUCCUGGCAAUGUUUCUGGGACGUUCGAGGUUUCCUCGCCAUUGGUACGCUGGCUGAUCCUUCAGCGAAUAAUUCCCCGCCUGUUUCCGACUUCACCUCAAACGGAAGUCCCCUACCAUUCUUCUCCACGUACUCUGGACACAUUUAAUGUUUUAAAGCAGACAGUCCGUGUAUUUGACAAAGAAAUUAUAAAAUCACUCUAUUCUUUCAAGAUUGCUCGUGUGUUAGUAAACAAUGCCAAAAAUGAAAAAGUUCCCAGAGAAUCAGUGUAUGAUGUGGAGCUUUACCGCAUCAUAUCGAAUUGGCUUGGUGAAUUUACAGUAACGGGACAAUGGCACCUAAAAUAUCGUGCUAGUGGGCGUAAUAAUAAUAAAUAUAUCGAUAUAGUUAUAUCACAACCUGGUCAUCCAACAAUUGCUUUUGAACUUUUAGCUACAGCAACAAUUGAAGAGCUUAAGGAACACUAUGAACAGGCAUUCCUAUACGACAAGAAAUUACCUGCAGAUGAAAUGUGGGUCAUUCAUUUCACAUGUGAAGAAAACGCCAUAUCAGAACCUUACUGGCCAACCAAAUCUCAACUGCAGAAGGGCUUUCGAGUCGUACACAUUUGGCACGACCUCGACUUUACAAAAAUUAGGAUGAUUGCAUGUUGGUGGAAUAAUAAUACGAAGCAUGUUACUGACGUUGAGGAAAUAAUGGAUGCAUCUCUUAUUGAAGAUAUUUUGCAGUCCUCAGCUUGUUUAGAAUCACCAGUAACCCUUGAGGUUCAAAGGAGCACUAUAGGGAUAUCCUCCAAUUCACUGCCUAUCAAAGAUCUCUCUGAUAAGAAAUAUAGUGUCAGCAUCAACCUAAGCCAGCUAAAAGCUGAACCCACAUCAUUAGAAGAUAAGAAGAUCGAUGAAUUUCUGGAUUCAAAGUAUAAGGAAAAGGUUAGUAAAGAGAUAAUUCAGAGCAUAAAGGAAAAAAAGUUUCGAGAACAAGACUUAUCUUUAGUUAAUCAAAUGAAAUCUGAAAAGAUGAUACCUCAAUCAUGUGAUGUAAAAACCACAAUAAAAUGUCAUGAUCAAAAUUAUAUGCUUGACAAUUCUGAUAUUAUCUAUAUUGAAAUAUCCAAAUCUGACAAUCAAAUCGUAGAAGGUUUAAUACAAGAAAUGACCUGUAAUCAAACACAAAAUAUUGUUUCUCUCGAAAUCAACUCUAUAUCUUUGAAUAAGUCUUGUAUACAGGAUAUGAUUCCAGACUUUGUACAAAGUUUAUCAGACUUAUUUGAUAAAGCAAUUAAAUCAGGCCAAUAUUCUGAUAUACAUAGAGAAUUUAGUAGUGAAAAAUUCGAUUAUUAUAGAAUUAUUGACAAGUCAUUAUGUCCAGCAUGCAAGUUGAGUCAUAAGGAUGAGAAAAGUAUAAGAGGUAGAUAUGAAGCUGGAUCUUAUUUUAUUAAAUGUGGACAACAAGAAAUUGAAAUAACUGUAUUAUAUAAAGCAUAUAUGAAAGAGACUGGACUCGAUCCUUGGAUAAAGUCUGAAACUUCUAAAUCUAUACAAAGCAAAAAUGCUGAUAAUCAUAUCAUACAAGACAGUUCGUUGGUAAUGAUGCCAAACAAAAUUUGCACCUUCUCAAUUUUCAAGACUGAUUCAAACAAAAAUCGUCUUCAUCAGUAUGCUAUUAAACAUGAAAUAAAUACCAAAGAAUUUUCAAUCAUUACAGAGGCUGAGAAAAAUAGGUGGGCUAUGGGAUGUUUUCAUAGGGUUUUGGAAAGAGAUAUACAUUUCUAUCGUGGUGCAAUAGAAAGAAAAGAAGAUCCUAGAAAAUAUCGUAAAUUUUUAACAGAUCGUAAUAGGCUGGUUGGUAAAGAGUUAUUACGUCAAGGUAUACUAAAAAGUGGUUUAAGUACUGCAUGA